GAUAUCCUUAACCUGGUGUCUUGUUGGGUUUAACCCGUUUCACUCCUAAUCCACUCACUGCAGAGAGGGGCGCGUGAUUAUCAAUUUUCUAGAAGUCUCUUAUCAAAUAAAUAAAACCCAUUUUAACACACUAGGGUUUUAUCUUCUUUUUAAGACUUCUCCAGUUUCAAGCAACCAUACCAAACAACCCCUUAUCCUUUUCCAUCUCUCUCAAAGAAAUGGCUACAUCUCAGCUAACAGCGUCGUCAGUGACAGCAUCAGCUAGGAACUUGGCUUCAUUACAAGGGCUUAGGCUGUCCACUGUCAAAUUCUCUUCCUUUGGAACAUUAAAGCCUGGGGCUUUGACCAGCAGGUCCUUCAAACGUUUGGUUGUUAAAGCGGCUACCGUUGUUGCCCCUAAGUACACUUCAGUUAAGCCCUUGGGUGACAGAGUGUUGGUGAAGAUUAAAGAAACAGAGGAGAAGACUGAGGGUGGCAUUUUGCUUCCAACAACUGCUCAAUCAAAGCCUCAAGGAGGUGAGGUGGUUGCUGUUGGUGAAGGGAAGACAAUUGGGAAUACCAAAUUGGAAAGUUCUGUGAAGACUGGUGCUCAGGUCAUAUAUUCCAAGUAUGCUGGGACGGAGGUCGAGUUCAAUGGUGCAAAUCAUCUUCUCCUAAAAGAGGAUGACAUUGUUGGACUUCUUGAAACCGAUGACAUAAAAGAUCUCAAACCUCUGAACGACAGAGUUUUCAUUAAGGUUUCGGAAGCUGAGGAGAAAACUGCAGGAGGUUUGUUGCUGACCGAGGCAAGCAAAGAAAAACCUUCCAUUGGAACGGUGAUAGCUGCUGGACCCGGUACUUUAGAUGAGGAAGGUAACCUAAAGCCACUAUCGGUCUCGCCUGGAAACACCGUCCUGUAUUCAAAGUAUGCUGGGAAUGACUUCAAGGGCAAUGAUGGUAGUAACUAUAUUGCUCUGAGAGCAUCUGAUGUAAUGGCUGUGCUCUAUUAGUUGUGUAAUAAGGUUUGGUUUUAGGUUUUGAGGUUAAAACUGGAUUGAAUGGAUGAGUUGCCGGUAAGCACAAGGAUUUUGUAAUUUUUUUUCCUUAAAUAUAAAUGGAUGCAGCAUUUGGUAAAAAAUAA